AUGUCCUUUGGUUCGUUCGGCAAGCCCGCAACACCAUUCGGGGCGGCAGCUGCUCCCGCUCCCUCACCAUUCGGACAGGCCGCACAGCCCGCCGCCGGACUGUUCGGCUCGGCAUCGAAUGCGCCCGCCGCAGGCACCUCGUUGUUUGGGCAGCAGCAGAACGCGAACCCGAGCGCAGGGACCUCCUUGUUUGGGCAGCAGCAACAACAACCACAGGCGUCGGGACUGUUUGGCGGGCAGCAGCAGGCGGCUACCACGGGCGGCGGGCUGUUUGGGUCGCAGCAGGCGUCGACGAGCACGGGGCCAACUGGCGGGCUGUUUGGGCAGCAGCAGGCCCAGCCGCAGAGCUCGGGACUGUUCGGGCAGCAGAACCAGACCCAGCAACAAGGGGCGUCGUUGUUCGGACAGCAGCAGCAGCAACAGCCGCAACCGCAGUCGAGCUCGUUCGGCAAGCCAGCUGGCGGCCUGUUCGGGAGCACGACCGCCCAGCCUUCUGGCGGCCUCUUCGGGAGCACGGCCGCCGCGCCGCAGCCUGCAGGUGGCUUGUUCGGGCAGCAGCAGCCUCAGCAGCAGGGUGGUCUGUUCGGGCAGCAGAGCGCGACGCAGCCGGCGGCGGGAGGACUGUUUGGACAACAGAGUACGGCGCAGCCCGCCGGUGGGCUCUUCGGACAGCAGAGCACGGCCCAGCCCGCAGGACUGUUUGGACAGCAGAACUCGGUGCUCGGGCAGCAGCAGCAGGGUUCAUCGCUGUUCAACAAGCCUGCGCCGGCGCAGUCGCAGAGCUCUGGGAUCGGCAAGACGCGUCUCGCGGACCUGCCGGAGAACGUGCAGAAGGUUAUUGAGCAGCUUGAUGCGGGAAUCAAGGACCAGAAGCAGGUUGGCGCAAGCAUCGACAUGACCAACAUUGGGCGCGCGAUCUGGCAGACGAGCGCCGACGUCAAGGCCGCGAGCGAUGAACAAGCGGCGCUGGCGCAGGGGCUCUACUCUCUCCGUGCGUCGCUCGAGCAGCUCGCGACGCGCGUCAACGAGCAGGCGACAGACCUCCAGAAGCUCCUCGAGACGUGGGAGGCCGCGAAGCCUCUCGAGCGGAGAAAUGGCAACAUCCGGCCGAUCGCGCACCGCGACUUUCCGCAGGAAUACUUCUUCCGCGUCGCCAAGAACCUCGAGGAGCGCGUUCAGCGGUACCGGCGCAACAUUAUGUUGCUUCACCGCGCCAUUGUUGGGCUUGCGACCGACGCCGAGGCACUCACGCCACCGGUCGUUGUGCAAACGAUGCAGAACAACCAGGCAACGAUUAUAUCGCUCGCGGCGCAGCUCGACCAGCUGCAGCUGCGGAUGAACGCGCUGCGGACCGAGUUUACGGACGACUACCGCGAGAAGACGAAUAGCAUGCGCGACCCGUUCGAGGUCGCUCGCGAGGGGAAGGGCGUCAGCCUGCUGCGGGCGUAG